AAAAAGCUCCAGUGAUUGGUGAACCGCGGGAAAUGCGCUGCAAGAGCGAUUUUCACCGGAUCAAACGUCAGAUUAGCAUCUAAAAGUUAACAUAAUAUUCACAUUGAGAUAAAGAACAUUUUCAGAUUGAUACUGAAACCACAGACAAUGAUUUCAAAUAUUUUGAAAGAAAUGGACAAAAUUUGAAAUCUAUGACGUGUAUAUUAUUUGGGGAAAAACAUCGUAAAUCACAGUUCCAGAUGGGAUAUUUCUUCGGAUAUUAAAACAAUCAUAUGACGGAAGAAUCUGAACACAGAUAUUGUGUAACCCUAGAUUUGGAUAUCCCAGAUACACGUGAUCAAAAUGAAAUUGAAAGUCACUCGGGGAAUUUGGCCCUAUUACACCUAGAGGACAGCGAUUCCGAUGUACGAAACAAUCCUCAGGCUACCAACGAUAAUGAAGGGGAAUCACAGGCUGUGUUUUAUAUUGAAGACGAGUUAGGUAAUUCUGAUGAAAGUGAUUUACUCAGUAAAGAAAGUGAGAGUGAUAUACUGUUUAUAUCGGAAGAUCGGUCGCCGGAACAAACAGAGUGUCCAAGCCAUGAUCAGGAGAAAACAAAUGUAAACGAAGAAGCCACCUGUGACGAUUAUAACGAAGAGGUGCCGCAGUUUCAGGUAGUGUACUCUGAGGAAGAAAAAAUAUCCGAUGAUGAGUUACCUGAUUUUCUUGCCCCAUGUCGUGACGGAGAAAGGCGGGAGUCCAAAUGGAGCGCGACAAUUUUAUUUGUGGCGUCAGAAGUUCAACUUAUUAUUGAUCUUGCCGAGUUUUGUCCUCCAGAGGGAUAUCUUACAGAGCCAUCAAAGAAUAAGGGUCAGUCGGAAUCUGACUGUAACUCGAAUAGCAUGGACAAUGGAACACUUGUCCCAAGCCCUUCAGACGAUGCAACAUUUGACGAUAUUGGACCAUUGAUCAAGAUGGACAAUCUGCAAAAUGGGCGUAAAAAUAGUAACGAGGAUUCCAAAGAGAACGUGCUUCCAGAAAAUAACAACGUUAAGGACAAAGGCAUGUCGAGUCCCUUUGUGAAGCCACCAAAAGAGAACUGGGGCGGGAGUGGGGACUAUCUGCUGGCGGCGAUUGGCUACUCUGUGGACUUAUCCAACGUGUGGAGAUUUCCUUAUUUAGCGUACAAAAAUGGCGGUGGUGCAUUUAUCAUUCCAUAUUUCACGGUUCUUAUACUUGGAGCAGUUCCAGUUUUCUUCAUGGAGCUAAGCAUGGGACAGUUUAGCAAAGAGGGGCCCAUCAAUGUGUGGAACAAUCUCGUACCCAUGUUCAAAGGUAUAGGAUUUGCCUCCUGUUGGAUGGCGUACAUCGUGGCUUUCUAUUACAACAUGGUUAUUGCUUGGGCGUUCUAUUACCUCUUCUCUUCCUUCACGUGGACCGUCCCUUGGUCCAGUUGUGAUCACGAAUUUAACACACCUCACUGCUGGCAAUCGGACUGGGAUACCAAUCAAACACAGUCAAACAGGACCUACAACUCCAGCACGGCUAUGUCAUCUUCCUAUGAAUAUUUUGAGCGUGGAGUUCUUAGUUUACACAAGAGUUCAGGAAUUGAGGACAUUGGUGGAAUCAAGUGGGAAAUUGCUGGAUGUGCAGCCCUAACUUUCAUAAUUCUAUACCUCAGUUUGUGGAAAAGCGUUAAAAGUGCAGGAAAGGUUGUCUGGUUCACGGCCACUGUUCCUUACCUGAUUUUGACUGCUCUAUUAAUCCGUGGUUCCAUGCUCCCCGGCGCAGAGGAUGGGAUCAAAUUUUUCAUCGUUCCAAACAUGAGCAGACUUGGCGAAGUUCAGGUUUGGAUAGAUGCAGCGGUGCAGAUAUUUUUUUCGAUUGGUGCCGGAUUCGGAACACACAUUGCCUAUGCCAGUUACAAUAAGUUCAAUAACAAUUGCUACAGGGAUUGUCUCAUCACAGCGUCUGUUAACUGCGUCACUAGUAUUUUCUCUGGUUUUGUUGUAUUUACGUACCUUGGAUAUAUGGCUCAAAAACAGCAAAAACACAUCAGGGAUGUCGCACAAGAUGGUCCGGGUCUCGUUUUCAUCGUCUACCCAGAAGCAAUUUCUACACUUCCGGGAUCGUCAAUAUGGGGAAUUCUGUUCUUUUUCAUGUUGAUUACACUAGGAUUGGAUAGUGCAUUUGGCGGAUUAGAAUCUCCACUAACGGGUCUGCGGGACGAGUUCUACAAGGUUUUUAGACACCGGUGGGCUCGGGAAGUCUUGACCCUAAUCAUUGUUGUUAGUGCCUUCCUAUUUUCCAUUCCAUGUAUGACUGCAGGAGGCAUGUAUGUGUUUAAGAUACUGGAUACAUUCGCUGCUGGGACUUCCAUCGUAUUUGCCAUUCUAAUGCAAGUUGUAGGCGUGUCCUGGUUUUAUGGGGUGGAUCAAUUUUGUUCAGAUAUAUAUCAGAUGACAGGACACAGACCCGGGCUGUAUUGGCGAGUGUGCUGGAAGAUACUUAGUCCUACAUUCCUACUGAUAAUUGUGAUAUCAAGUUUUCUUCAUUAUCGACCACUCAUAUACAAGGGUAGUAUGGGCGUGUAUACAUACCCAAGCUAUGCCAACGUCAUCGGAUGGGGCGUGGCUCUCUCGUCGAUGCUCUUAAUUCCGGGGUAUGCAGUGUAUUACCUACUGACCACAAAAGGAACUUUCAAACAGAGAUUGGCAAAGUGCAUAACCCCGAAAAGAAAUCACGAGGACAUAGCAAGAACUAAUGACGUCAAACGUUUCAGGGUGAGUACGUUGCGAGUCCUUGGUAACAGAUAAAAUUGUCAAUUGUUCUGUCAGUAUCGCAGAAACAAUGUCAAGUUCUGAUAAAUACCUAGUUCCUUGUGUUUAAGAGCACGUGCCUUUCACUUUCCACAGAGUUUGAUGUAACACAGGGAUUGAAUUUACAUGGUUAAAAAAACAUUCCCUGAUGAUACAAUUUUUUUCUGUUUCAGCUGAAACAUUGGAUGACAGUGUGAUGAAUUCCUGGAUUAUGUGUUGUAGAAACGUGUAGAUAAGUCACCAUGAACCGAUGUAAUCGUUAUUGUUCGUCCAGUAAAAUCAGUUUAAAUAUUAUUUCUGUAUAUUCUAGCGGGUAUUCUAAAUCAGGUCUGUCAAUUAAAAAAUUGUUUGAAAGUAAAACGUGUGUAAAGUAUACAAUGUUUUAAAUGUAUGAAUAAUAAAACACUUAGAUUUAU